GAUUCCUGAGGGGAAAAUAUUUCAGUUUAAGGGGAAUUUUGUGAUGUUGAAGGAACUUAACAUAGUUAAACAGCUGACCGUGAUGGUUGAAUGUCCCACUGUGGGACAAAUAAAGGGUUUUCUAUUCCAUCCGAUUAAAGAAGCUGAACUUGUUUUUAAUACAAUCAGGUAACUAAUGUUUUUCCAAACGAUGCUAAUACGUUAAUAACAAAUUCAAUCCGGUCGUUGUCAUGUACAAAAUAUGUGAUGAUAUUUUUACAUUCAGGUUUACGUGACUACAUUUAGUUUUGCACAAUGUUUAUUUUUCCAGUUGAUUUCAAUGUCUAAAUAAUUACGAGAUGUAGAUUUGUUAAAUAUAAACCUUAAAGCGCGAUUCUUCAAUUUAACAGGAAGUUUCAGGUCCCCCCUGACGUCAUCCUAACGUGACGUCGGUUCGGCUCCGCCCAUAGGGAGGUUAACGCGCUCUGGCUUCCACCUCCGGUGUCGCGCCGCCGCCAUUUUUUGUAUCAAAAAGCAGAAUAAAAGCAGGUGUUCGUAAAGGCGCCGUCCACGGGCAGACGGCCUUCACCGUGUGAUUCACGUCAGGAGCCGUAAAGCCACGAAAAUCUCCCAGAGAAGAAGGGGGCGUUAACGUGUUGUCGGUCUAACAUGUUGAUCCUGGGUCAGAUGUCGCUGGUGGACCUGGGGAAGCGUCUGCUGGAGGCGGCGAGGAAGGGUCAGGACGACGAGGUCCGGAACCUGAUGGCCAACGGGGCGCCGUUCACCACCGACUGGCUGGGCACGUCCCCGCUCCACCUGGCUGCUCAGCACGGCCAUUACUCCACCGCCGACGUCCUGCUGAGAGCCGGCGUCAGCAGGGACGCCCGCACCAAGGUGGACCGGACCCCCCUGCACAUGGCGGCCGCCGAGGGCCACGCUGUGAUCGUGGAGCUGCUGGUCCGGGGCGGAGCCGACAUCAAUGCCAAGGACAUGCUGAAGAUGACGGCGCUGCACUGGGCGGCGCAGCACGGCCACCACAGCGUGGCAGAGACCCUCAUCAAACACGGCGCCGACGUGCACGCGCUCAGUAAGUUUGACAAGACACCGUUCGACAUCGCCGUCGACAUCCAGAACACGGAGCUGAUGCUGCUGCUGCAGGAGGGGAUGCAGAACCAGGUGAACAUGAACCAGGUGAGUAUGAACGUGGAGACGAGCAGCAGCACCAACCAACCACAGUUCAUCAUCCAGGGGAUACCUGCCAUCCAGGGGGGCGUGGUCAACCUGGCCGAGCUGCUCAACAAGGCCAACGCAGGAGAUUCAGAGGAGGCGAUGGCUGCCAGUGCCCUGGACUCCAACAUCCAGCAUGCAGCUGUGGUCAACGAGGGGGGUCAGAGGGUCAUCACCAUAGUAACAGAUCAGCAUGGCAACCUGCAGACGACCGGGGGGAUGUCUCAGCCGUUCUUCGUCACCAUGCAGCACGGACAGCAGAUGCUGGCGGUACCGGCCAACACGGUGACGGAGGAGGUGGUGACAGAGGAGCCUCAGCCUCCACCCUCCAGGAAGAGGAAGCUGGAAACCACCAACAACCACAACGACACCGGAGAGACGGAGCUGUUACAGAGGCAGCUGCAGGAGGCCAACAGGAAGGCCCAGGAAUAUCGCCAGCAGCUCCUGCGUAAGGAGCAGGAGGCGGAGGAGUACCGCAUCAAACUGGAGGCCAUGUCCCAGAGCCAGGCCAACAGCACCAACGCCAACAUGGCCGCCGCCGCCGCCGCCAACAUGGCCGCCAGCCCCGAGGAGGUGGUGGGAGGGGAGGAGGACGAGGAGGAGGGGGGUGCGGGGGUGGUGGAGGAGGAGGGGGAGAUGGUGGUGCUGCAGGAGGGAGGCAUCAUCAUGGAGGGGGAGGAGGGGCAGGUGACGCUGGUGGAGACGGGGGGAGAGGCCACGGAGGUGAGCUCCUAACAGGAGGGAGGGGGGGGAGACACGGACUCCUCAGGACGUCCUGGUCCCCGUCCCAUCACGUCUCCUAUCUGGACCUCGUUUUCUUCCCAGACAUGACUUCCUGUUUGUUAAUUAAUCUGUUAAUGUCGCCAUGGAAACCCUCAGCUGGUUCACUAAUUAUGAUUAAUCACAUGGGGGGGGGGCUGAUCUGGAUCAACAUCCUUCAUCCAAACUGGUCUCAGCUGGGGUGACAUGGACUAAGGUAGUUUAGGCUGAACGGACCCCUCAGAACCCGGGUCUCCUGGCACCAGUAGCAGCAGGGACCAGAGGAAGGGGGGCGCGGUUCAGCUGCAUCACUACGACACAGUCACCUGGAGCCGUGGGUCCAGCCCAGCGGGUCCAGCCCAGCGGGUCCAGCCCAGCAGGUCCAGCCCAGCAGGUCCAGUCCAGUCCACUCGGUUCCUCUGACCAGUGACUGUGUCCUCUCUGUUAUCAUAGUUAUUUUUAUAAGCUCUGUGAAGCCGACCUUUUUGUAUGUACAUAUAAAGUUGUAUUUUUUUAACUGUACCUGAACGCUUCAACGUAAUAAUAAUGAUGAUGACGAUGAUGAAGAUGGCUGCCUGUAAUCUGAAAUAUAAACAUGUUCUUUGUAAUAACA